AUGUCGACAGUCGGAGGCGAAGAACCUGCCGGUCCGUCGACGUCGGGGGGUACGCCGCGAUCCACGCACACCAAGACCCGCGAGCGCAAGAAAAAGGACAAAAAGUCCAGGCGUCGUCGCCGAAGCCGCCGCCAAGGAGAGGAAGGAAGCCUGGACAGCAGCUCCAAGGUCAUAUCAGGCAAAUUGGAUGCGAGCGACCUCAGCAAGCGAUUGGGCGCUUCGUUUGACGGUGCUCGCAAGAAGAAAGGCACCGACGUCGACGUCAGCAGAUUGUCGAAAAGAAGUGUCGAAGGCGAAAACGAGGGCCGAGUGGAAGAAGUGCUGGAGAGAGCCCCUCGCACCCACAAGUCCCCACGUGUGGGCUUAGUGCAGCUGCUGUGCUUCGCGCUGCUCUUCGGGACGCUGUUCCUGCUCGCGCUGUUUGUGAAGAAGCGAAUCAGGCGCGAGCCAUUCGCCAGAUGCACCAGCGAGGGAUGCCUACACCAUGCACAGGUGCUGCUCACCGCGCUCAACAUGUCCAUCGACCCAUGCGAUGAUUUCCACGCGUUCGUCUGCAGUUCCUGGGAGCGCCGUCUAACCAAGGGUCUUGCAAACGCGGCACCGGUGUACACGGACCGCUUGAUGAUGGCAUUCGCGGAACGGGCCAUCGCUGAGCUACAGUCGGACCUAUUCAAGAUCACAGGAUCCACUUCGCAAGAUGCCAAUGCAGCAACGCAUCUGGCGUCACAGUUCUUCAAAAGCUGCACCACGCCCGACAGCAACGGCGAUGCUUCGUCCGCGACCUCUACCACAUCGAAGAUGAGACUUCAGCAAUUCAGAGAGCUGCGCACCAGAAUGCACCUUCCGUGGCCCGAACAGAUGCCCAACCAGACCAUAGAACCACUGGACGUCAUGCUCGACUUGGCCAUCAACUGGAACGAGAACUUCCUCUUCGACGCCCAGCUCGUGAACGUAAGUGGUCGUCCCGUCACGCUGUUCCUGAGCCACGGAAAGCCAUUGACCAGCUGGGUACACUACGAGGAGCCCGACAAUUACGAGGGUCACGUGCAGGAGUACGUCGAGUACAUGGGUCUGAGCCAGGCAGCUGGCGGCGACAAAGCACAUCCUCUCCUCCUGAGGAACCUGACCCGCGACAUGCUCAGCGUCCAGAGACAAGUCACGAAGGGCGACCCCAACCAGACUUGGUUCCGACUAGACCUGUUCGACAAUCCGACGCCGUGGGUCGAUGCCGCAAUCUGGCUCGGCCUGCUCAACAAACACUUCUCUCCAGACGUGAGCUGGUCUUCUGACCACUGGGUCGUGGUGGAGGACUACGGGCUUGUCGACGGCGUGCAGAAACUGCUAGCUAAGUACAGCAAGGCGGAAUUCUUGAUCGGAUUGUCAUGGUUUUUUGUGCAGACUCACUUGUGGGUCAUUCUGGACCUUCCGAAACUAAGGUUCCACAGUACCGGGAGCGACGACGCCACUUUCUUCUCGACGUUGAAGACAUACAGCUGCCUCGAAUACGUCCAAUCCCGAUUCGGCUCGCUCCUGCCGUUUGGUCAGACAAUCGGCGACCUGCCAUCGACUUCACCGCUCAUUUUCGAGUCGGUCGUGAACUCGGCAGCUUCGCUCAUCGAUCGGCUUCCGUGGAUCGGGAACGCCCGUCACGCCGCUCUGCAAAAGACUAAGUACUUGGCAAGCAGCUCUAUACCGCGACCGGCCUUUCUCGACUCGAAGAUGCGCGAGAAGCUCUUUGGCACCUUCCCGCGUAUGGGCGCUGACUUCGCCGCCAACUUCGCCGAGGCGUCCUACUGGUUUCAGGCGACGCGCAAGGAUCGGUAUCGCCUCGGGUUGUACGGUCGCCGCGUGUCGUCGGGCUACACGCGGUCCUUCUACAUCUACGCCCUCAACAGCGUCCGCUUCCCUAUGGCCCUAUUUCAGCCGCCACUCUACUACAAUCGCAGCGGCAUGGAGGUGCUCAACGCUGGUGCGGUCUCCGUGCUGGCGCGCGAGAUCGCCCGCGCGUUCGACUCCAAGGGCGUCACGCUAGACGAAGAAGGCCGCGGAGCGCUGUGGUGGGGGUCCAAUCGGUCUCAGAACUACCGCGAGCGGCUCGCGUGUGACCUCAACGCCACCGAGUGCUGUUCGCCCGUACAGCUAUUCCCUUCCGUUCCGGGCCUGGAGAUCGCCUUCAGCGCGUUCAACACGUCGCACGAUCAGAGGCUACCGGGUCUCGAGAAGUACACUCACGACCAGCUGUUUUUCAUUAACUACUGCUACGUUCUCUGUGCCGACAGCCGUGCCGACUUCGGUGCCAGUUGCAACGUGCCACUCGGGAACUUCGCACCCUUCGCUAAAGCGUUUAAGUGCGAACGUGGUUCGCGAAUGGACCCCCGAAGAAAGUGCAGGUUUUUUGGGGGACAUUAG